AUGGAUCUUUCUCCUCUCUUAUUGUUCACUGUUUCAUGAACUAUAUAUUGUCAAUUUGUCAAGACCUUUCAUUCAUCAGCUUCCAACACUCUACGCCUCCACCCUUCCUGUGUCCUUUAUCUAUUUCUCUAUUCUCUGCUCUUCUCUUAUCUCCAUUGUCUCUCGCGCGAGUAUGGACGCUGCAAAGGUGUUAGAAGUUCCCUACACUUUUCCGGUGGAGGGAAUACUAAAGUCGGUUGCUUCACUUGCUGCUCAAGAAAUCAGUCUUUUCCGAGGAUUCAAAAAAGAACUAGAUGAGCUUUCUGAAUCGUUAAUGGAAAUUCAAGAGUACUUAGGAGAUGUUGCACACCAACCACAGGAUCGGGUCGUGGCAGUCAGAAACUGGGUCAAGAAACUGAAAGACGUAGCUCAUGAUGCCAAUGAAGUCUUGGAGGACAUCAACUACGAAGUUCUCCGGCGUAAAGCAGAAAUUCAAAACCACAUGAAGAAGAAGGUACUUAACUUCUUUUCGCUCUCCAAUCCCAUUUUAUUUCGUCAAAAGAUGGCACACAAGAUUAAGAACAUCAGUGCGUCACUGGUGGUUCUCAAGAGUGAUGCAUCUCGGAUUCCCUUGGUUGCAAGGAGAGUAGAUCAAACCCCUCCAGGUAUGGGGAACAGAGAAACCGUCUCAAGCUUCCGUCACGAUGAAAAGAUCAUUGGAAGGGAGAAGACUGUGUCGGAUAUCAUUGCAACCUUGAUCGAGUCCAAGAAUCAGGAAGAGUACCUUUCGGUUAUGGCCGUUGUGGGAUUGGGAGGACUCGGAAAGACGACUUUGGCAAAAUCAAUAUUCAAUGAUGAUGCUAUUGGUAGACAUUUUCAGGAAAAAAUGUGGGUGUGUGUGUCCAACACCUUUGAGGUUAAUUCGAUUCUAAAUCGGAUGUUAGAAUCCCUUAACUCAAACAGGACAGGAGUUACAAGUCGGGCAGCAUUGUUGAAUAGCCUCAAAGAAAGGUUGACAGGGAAGAGAUAUAUGCUGAUACUCGAUGAUGUUUGGAAUGAAGAAGAGGAUUUAUGGAGCAGUUUUAAGGAUUGUUUGUCUGCACUCAAUUCUGCUACCGGAAGCAUUGCCCUUGUUACUACCUGCAGUGCUAAGGUUGCAUCAAUCACGGAGACAAUGCCGAGGUGUGAUUUGGGGUUCCUACCAGUGGAGGAUUGUUGGUCCAUAUUAAAAGGUGAAGCGUUAUCAAAUGGUAAUGCUCUUCCUCUAAAUUCAGAUCAAGAGCGCAUUGGAAAGGACAUAGCUAAAAAGUGUGCUGGUUUACCAUUGGUGGCAAAGGUUUUGGGAAGCGUGAUGCGUUCUAAAUAUAGUACACGUGAAUGGUUGUCAAUUCUACAAAGUAAGAUACGGGAAUUACCAAAUGAAGAGGAGAAAAUCAUGUCGGUUUUGAAGUUAAGUUUUGAUAAUUUGAAGUCGCCAUUCUUGAAACAAUGUUUUGCACAUUGUUCAAUGUUUAGAAAAGAUUUUAAAAUUGAACGAGAUAACUUGGUCCAACUCUGGAUGGCUCAAGGAUAUCUCCAUUCCUCUCCCAACAUGAGCAUGGAGGAUAUAGGCAAUGAAUAUUUUAAUAUUCUAUUGCAAAACUCCUUGUUUCAAGAUGCUAUGGAAGAUGAGUACGGUGUUAUUACGGAAUGCAAGAUGCACGAUCUUGUGCAUGAUCUUGCAGAGGAAGUAUUUAAAUCUGAAAGCUUGAUGGGGGACUCUGACCAGAUGGAUGAUGCACUUGAGAUUCAGCAUGUUGCGCGAAUUUCUUCCACAACACUUGAAAGAAUUCCACAAGGGAGUGUUGGGAGAUUGCGGUCGUUGUUUGUUGAUUGGGAGGUCCCUAGUAACAUCUUCCAAAGGUUUAGAGCUUUACGGACGUUGAAUUUAUUUGGGGCUGCAAUAGAGGAUUUGCCCAGCUCAAUUGGAAAGUUGAAACACUUGAGGUAUCUCAACAUUUCUAAUACAGGAAUAAAAAAACUCCCAAAAUCUAUUGGCAAGCUCUAUAAUCUUCAGACGUUAAGAAUGUCAAGAACAUUCUUUCAUGUAACGUUUCCUAGGGAGAUGGAGGAAAUGGAAAAUUUGAUCAACUUGAGACAUGUUUAUUUUGAUGAGGAUCAGGAAGUUCCAUUUGGGAUGACAAGAUUGACUCAUCUGCAAACGCUACCUUGUUUUAUUUUGGAUAGAGCAAGGCGUCAUAGACUUGAUGAGCUAGGUGGGUUAAAUGAAUUGAAAGGGCAACUAGUUAUUGGAGCAUUGGAAAAUGUGAGAGACAAGGAAGAAGCAAUGAAAUCAAAUUUAGCGGGAAAAGCAAACCUACGAAAAUUGGAAUUAAUAUGGGGACGUCGCAAUUUUGUUGACGGGAAUAUUGUUGGUGGACUCCAAAUUCUUGAAGGACUGCAACCGCACCCCAACUUAAAAAGCUUGACGAUUCGGCACUUCAUGGGUACUAAAUUUGCAUCAUGGAUGAUGAGUGAGUUGCUCAUCAAUUUAACAGAGAUUGAGUUAAUCCGUUGGAUGGACUAUGAAGCACUCCCACCACUGGGACACUUGCCGAGUCUUGGAAGUGUUUUUAUUGAGGAUUGCCCAAAGCUGAGAUGCACUUCAAUUCACAGUCUGCCCUCACUCCGUAAAUUGGUUAUUGUAAGAUGUACGUCUCUUGAGGGGUCGGAAAAUCCACAGUCGACGACUAGCACUACUCUCCAGCAGCAGCAGCAGCAGGAGGACUUGUCUUUAAACGGUUGCAAAUCCCUCCGUGAAUUGAGAAUUGAAGAAUGCAAUGGAUUCACAAGUAUACUGAGUGGGCUCCAUUCUUGUACUAGUCUUCGCACACUGUGGAUCUCGCGUUGUCCAAAUUUGAGGACGUUGUCGGGUCCUGGGCUACAAACCCCCACCUCUCUUGAGAUUAUGUCUAUACGGAAAUGUCCUAAUCUAAAGGCUAUUCCCAGUUUAGACAACCUCACGUCCCUCACUGAGCUGACUAUUAGCACAUGUGAUGGAUUAACAAGUAUACCGAGUGGGCUUGCAUCCUGCACAUCUCUUACCCAUUUGUCUGUCGAUGGUUGCCACAAUUUGAUAUCUUUGGCGGAUCACAAUUUGUCCGGCUUGCAAUCUCUUUCCUCUCUGUAUGUAUAUAAUUGUGGGAAAUUACAAUAUUUUCCCAAGGGGCUUCAGUCUCUAUCUCGUUUGAAAAGGUUGUGGAUCGGUAACUUCUGCAAGGAGCUCGAUUCUUUCCCGGAUUUUCAGGUCCCAUCGGAAAAGUUAAAUUUAUACGGGUGGCCUAAGGUCAAGUCUCUGCCUCAGCCAAUUCAACACUCUACUUGUCUAACAUCUUUGUCCAUUUCUGGCUUCGAUGGUGUGGAGGCUCUUCCAGAGUGGUUGGGCGACCUUACAUCUCUUACAGAGUUGAAAAUUUCCUACUGUGAGAAUCUGAUGGAUCUGCCUACGGUCGAAGCUAUGCAACGCCUAACCAAAUUACAUAAGCUAGUGAUCUUCUGUUGUCCCCGUCUCAAAGAAAGAUGCGCCAAGGACGGCCCAGAAUGGCCAAAGAUUUCUCACAUUCCAGAUAUCAGUGAGCACUUCAGAAGGGAAUUCAGUACGAGAAUUGAUUAAGAGAGGAGAGCAAGCGCAGCUUUUGGUCUGUCCAUGGUUUUUUCCAGUGAUAAUGGGACUCGUGUGCUGACAUCGAUCAUGGGCACAGCUGGUUAUCUUGAUCCAAAGUAUGUUCAAAUUUCCUUGUUCUAUUAGACCUUUUUAUCAUGUUAUAAUGGUUGAAUAAAGAAAUUUGAUGUUUAUAGUUUUACUGGACAACCUGCAAUCAUAGAAAGUGAUGAUCUUGUCCACAUAGUGGAGUGGGUUAAUCCUGAAUUCCUGCAAAGGGAUGUUACAACUAUUUUAUUUCGAAGGAUUUUAGGAGAUUUCAGUGUGGAUUCGGUCUGGAAAGCCUUAAAACAGCAAUGGCAUGGACAACUUCCACGUUCCACCGCCCAACAUAGAGCCACCAUUGAUUUUCUGCUGUGUCAACUAACACAAUGUUUGGAAACGGAGGUGUCUAAGCAUCGAGAAAGAACUCCAGGCUCAAAUGAAGAAACUGGUGUUUCUAUUUCACCAUUCCAGAGUUCACAUAGAGUGAUUUCCAUAUGUCCAGAUUCCACAAAUGCAGGUUCCAUGACAGCACCAUGCUAGGGACAUUGUCACACGUUUUAAAUGCUAGGUAGUUCAUAGGCUGCAAUGAGACAAAGAGAGAUGAAGAUCUCAACUGGUUUCCUCGUCUUACUGCUCUGUGCAAGUUUCGUUCAUGGAGAGCGCCAAAUAGGUACUAUAACUAUCAACGGUUGAAUAAAUAAAUUUGACUUUAUAGUUUUACUGGACAACCUGCAAUCGUUGAAAGUGAUAAUCUUGUCCACAUAGUGGAGCGGGUAAAUCCUGAGUUCCAGCAAAGGGAUUUUACAACUAUUUUGUAUCGAAGGAUUUUAGGAGAUUUCAGUGUGAAUUCGGUUUGGAAAGCCUUAUAAACAGCAAUGGCAUGCACAACUUCCACCUCCCAACAUAGAGCCACCAUGGGUUUUGUGCUGUGUCAACUAACACAAUGUUUGGAAACAGAGGUGUCUAGGCAUCGAGAGAGAACUCCAGGCUCAAAUGAAGAAACUAUUUCACCAUUCCAGAGUUCACAUAGAGUGAUUUCCAUAUGUCCGGAUUCCACAAAUGCGGGUUCCAUGACAGCACCAUGCUAGGUAGUUCAUAGGCUGCAAUGAGACAAAGAGAGAUGAAGAUCUCAACUGGUUUCCUCAUCCUACUGCUCUGUGCAAGUUUCGUUCAUGGAGAGCGCCAAAUAGAUUCAAGCAAGUGCAAGUUGAUCCAAGACUUGGAUCAUAACUAUCAGCAGUGGCCCUCCUUCUAGUUAUAGUGCUCAUACUCAUAUGGAAGCUUAGAAGAAAAAGAAAACCAGCUGCAGAUGGAGAAAAACAUAACUAAACACCUGUAGCAUCAAAGAAGUCCCAGUUCACUUACGACGAGGUUUUAGAAAACACCGAAAAAUUUCAAACUAAAAUCGGGAAAGGAGGAUUUGGGAUUGUAUACCAUGGCUACUUGAAAGAUGGCACUCAAGUUGCGGUUAAAAUACUUUCUCCAUCGUCAUUGCAAGGAGUUAGGGAGUUCCAAACAGAGGUUGAGCUCCUGACCAGAAUCCAUCUAGAAACUUGGCCUCAUUUAUUGGAUACUGUGAUGAUACCGACAACUUGGCAUUUAUAUACGAGUACUUGCCUAACGGAAACCUAAGAGAAUAUCUCUCAGGUAUGUAGUUCUAUGUUUUAUAAGCAUUGUCCUCCAUCACAUGGUUGCAGAUGCAGAUAGAAGCUCACAUGUAACUUGGGAUAUGAGACAUUGGAUAGCAUUAGAUAUUGCGUUAGGUUGGUGUUGCGUGUUACUUUGUACGCUAAUAUAUUUGUGUAAGUUCAUGUGCCUUGUAAAAUUUGGCUCAUAGGGCUACAUUACUUGCAUAAAGGAUGCAAUCCACGUAUUCUGCAUAGAGAUGUAAAGAUUGCCAACAUUCUCUUAAGUGAAAACUUGGAUGCAAAAAUAGCAGAUUUCAGUAUGUCCAUGGUUUUCCCUAGUGACAAUGAGACUCAUGUUGUGGCAUCGGUCAUGGGCAUAGUGGGGUAUCUUGAUCCCGGGUAUAUUUAGAUUUCGUGUUCUUAGAAUUUUGAUCAUUACACUCCCUGACUGGUUUGAAAAGAUGUCAAUCGGUGCGUUUUGGGAGGAGCUCGAUUCUUUCCCUGCUUUUCAACCUUCAAGUUCCAUCACAACUCGAAAGAUUAGACUUGUGGGGGUCGCCUAGGCUCGAGCCUCUGCCUAUACAAAUUCAGCACUUGGGUACUUCUCUAACAACUUUGAAGGUACACGAUGUUAUAAUGGUUGAAUAAAGAAAUUUGAUGUUCAUAGUUUUACUGGACAACCUGCAAUCAUAGAAAGUGAUGAUCUUGUCCACAAAGUGGAGUGGGUUAAUCCUGAAUUCCUGCAGAGGGAUUUUACAACUAUUUUAUUUCGAAGGAUUUUAGGAGAUUGCAGUGUGGAUUUGGUCUGAACAUUGCAUGAUCCAUUGAUUGUCGCAGACUAAGCAUCUCCAUGUAAUAAGGAUCAUGUAUGUACUGUGCAAGUUGUGCAGCAUGAAAUUACAAAUCCACACUGUCAUAUACGUUUUUCUGUUUUUUUUUAUUGGGACAUUAUCACACGUUUUAAAUGCCAGGUAGUUCAUAGGCUGCAAUGAGACAGAGAGAUGAAGAUCUCAACUGGUUUCCUCGUCUCACUACUCUGUGCAAGUUUCUUUCAUGGAGAGCGCCAAAUAGCUAAGAUUCAAGCAAGUGCAAUUUGGUCCAAUACUUGGUCCAUUAUUAUCAGCAGUGGCCCUCCUAGUUAUAGUGCUCAUACUGGUAUGGAAGUUUAGAAGAAAAAGAAAACCAGUUCACUUAUGAUGAGGUUCUAAAAUACACCAAAAAAUUUCAAACUGAAAUCGGGAAAGGUGGAUUUGGGAUUGUUUACCAUGGCUACCUGAGGGAUGGUACUCAAGUUGCGGUUAAAAUACUUUCUCCAUCGUCAUCACAACGAGUUAGGGAGUUCCAAACAGAGGUUGAGCUCCUCAUCAGAAUCCAUCUAGAAACUUGGCCUCAUUUAUUGAAUACUGUGAUGAUACCGACAACUUGGCACUUGUAUACAAAUACAUGCCUAACGGAAAUAUAAGAGAACAUCUCUCAGAUGCAGAUAGAAGUUCACAUGUAACUUGGGAAAUGAGACAUCGGAUAGCAUUAGAUAUUGCGUUAGGGCUACAUUAGUUGCAUAAAGGAUGCAAUCCACGUAUUCUGCAUAGAGAUGUAAAGAUUGCCAACAUUCUCUUGAGCAAAAACUUGGGUGCAAAAAUAGCAGAUUUCGGUCUGUCCAUGGUUUUCCCUAGUGACAAUGAGACUCAUGUUGUGGCAUCGGUCAUGGGCACAGUGGGGUAUCUUGAUCCCGAGGACGUUCAGAUUUCGUGUUCUUAGAAUUUUGAUCAUUACACUCCCUGACUGGUUUGAAAAAGAUAUCAAUCGGUGCGUUUUGGGAGGAGCUCGAUUCUUUUCCUGAUUUUCAACCUUCAAGUUCCAUCAUAACUCGAAAGAUUAGACUUGUGGGGGUCACCUAAGCUCGAGUCUCUGCCUAUACAAAUUCAGCACUUGGGUUCUUCUCUAACAACUUUGAAGAUACACGAUUUUAGUGGACUGGAGGCUUUACCAGAUUGGUUGGGGAACCGUACAUCUCUUGCCUGCCUUCAUAUUAGUUUCUCUUUAACUGUAAAUUCUGUCAAACUUUAGUCGCAUUACACUCUAAGUUAAGAUUGAUAAGAGUGAACAUUUUGAUCUAUUUAACUUCAAUUGGAUGUCCA